AUUGGCAAUAACAUUGCUUGGAUUACAUAACGGCAAUAAAAACAACAAUGCGAAUGCAUGCACGUUAGGUAUUACGAGAACGUGGAACUGGAAGGCCUACCGCCUAGCUAUAGCCUGACUUCUAAGUAUCAUACGGUGGAGCGGAAACGUGCCAUGGCCAAGUACCACCAGCAGUCACUUCACUGGUUCCGCAAAGGUCUCCGUCUCCAUGACAACCCAUCCUUGCUGGCUGCAGUCAGAGACAGCCAGGAGUUCCGAGCUGUCUUCAUCCUAGAUCCCAUGUUUGUCAAGUCUGGUACCGUCGGCAUCAAUAGAUGGCGCUUUCUUCUCCAAUCACUGCAGGAUCUUGACGACGGACUGAAGGGUCUGGGCAGCAGGUUGUAUGUGUUGCGAGGUAAACCAACGGAAGUCUUCCCUGACAUCUUCAAGAAAUGGAAGAUCAGCCACUUGACCUUUGAACUUGACACUGAGCCCUAUGCAACGCAGCGGGACGAAGCCGUUGAGGCCAUUGCUGAGAAACACGGAGUGCAGAUCACAAAGAAGUCCUCACAUACCCUCUAUGACAUACAGAGCAUAACGAGGGCCAAUGGAGGCAAAACCCCGAUGACAUAUCAGAGUCUUCUCUCAAUUGUAUCCAAGAUGGCCGCUCCUCGAAAGCCAGAUCCUGCACUGAGCAAGGAAGAUCUUCAAGAUUGUAAAUUACCAGUCACCUCAGAUCAUGACAGCCAAUAUGGAGUGCCGUCACUGGAGGAGUUAGGUCUUGAUCCUAAGGAUGCUGGCCCAGUUCUCUUUCCAGGGGGAGAAACAGAGGCAGUCAGAAGGAUGGAAGAGCAUCUGGAGAGACAGGAAUGGGUGUGUAGAUUUGAGAAGCCCAAGACUGAACCGAACACUCUCAGCCCAAGCACCACGGUGCUCAGCCCCUACCUGAAAUUUGGCUGCCUGUCACCGAGGUUAUUCUACCACAAGAUUCAGGAUGUCUACACACGCAAGAAGAACCACAGUAAGCCCCCAGUCUCCCUCCAUGGCCAGCUCCUAUGGCGUGAGUUCUUCUACACCGUAGCUGCUACUACACCCAACUUUCACAAGAUGGAGGGUAACCCAGUCUGCUUACAGGUUCCAUGGGACACAAACCAGGAGUAUUUACAAGCAUGGAAAGAGGCUCGUACAGGUUAUCCAUUCAUUGACGCCAUCAUGACCCAGUUAAAACAAGAAGGCUGGAUCCAUCACCUGGCCCGUCACGCUGUGGCUUGCUUCCUGACAAGAGGCGACCUGUGGAUCAGCUGGGAGGAAGGACAGAAGGUCUUUGAGGAGUGGCUCCUUGAUGCUGAUUACAGCCUGAAUGCAGGUAACUGGAUGUGGCUGUCAGCCAGUGCUUUCUUCCAUCAGUACUUCAGAGUAUACAGUCCCAUUGUGUUUGGCAAGAAGACGGACAAAAAUGGAGAUUACAUCAGAAAAUAUCUUCCUGUUCUGAAGAAGAUGCCAUCCCAGUAUAUCUACGAGCCUUGGACGGCUCCCCGCACAGUGCAGGAGAAGGCAGGGUGCAUUGUGGGUACGGACUACCCCCGGCCCAUCGUUGAGCACAGCGUGGUCAUGAAACGCAACAUCGAGAGAAUGAAAAAAGCACGAGCUGAAAAGUAUGGCAACAACAAUGGGCCACAGAAGGCCAUUUCCUCUCCAAAGACGUCAAGUGGUGGCACAAAAAGGAAGAGUAAAUCUAAGGACGACGCAGGGAGUUCUAACAAAAGAACCAAGAAAAUGACUGACUUUUUCUAGCAUGGACACUGGACCCAUCGAACCCCUCCCCCUCCCCACUCAAGAACCACUUGAUUCACAAAGGAGAAGGAGUCCAUUUGUAGUUCCACUGCAGAACACUUGAUGCACCUGCAUGCUCAGUGCUAGAGAUUCCACUGCUUUACUUUGAGGUCAAAAUUGUACACAGUAAAUAUCCACUUGUAUUUAUUCUACCAGUCCACAUGGAUGAGAGUUAUGAUGGAGUCAGUCACAAAACCUAAGUCAUCACAAGUCACCUUAUCUCAAGUCAAACCACUCAAGUGAACUAUCAUGAAAAUAUUCCUUUGUCAAUGUUCAUCACCUAUUACUGGUGGUCAAACUCGUGAUUUGACCAGUGAUAUGACUUGAUAAUAAUGGGUACUUAUAUAGCACUUUUUAACUAUAGACACAAAGCGCUUUACGUUAUCAUUACCCUGAUCAUUGGGGCAAUGGAACAUUCCAAAUACAAUCUCAGCUCCCUGGGUAGUAUACAGCUAGAUAGCCAUUUUGGCAGCUUAAAUCAAUCACAACCAUAUCUGCCCUCACAGGUACCCAUAUACUACAGGGUGAGGAGAAGCAAUGAGUGACAAAGUGCCUUACCCAAGGGCACAUGCGCCUUAAACAAAGCAUUUCAAAACAAAGCAUUUUAAAACAAAGCAUUUCCAUAAGGACUUGUGACUGACUCGACAGUAUAUAUCUUCUUACCUUGUCUGCUAUUUUUUUUUCUACUAGGUAACAUUUGGAAUGCUAAUAUAUGUUUCGAACUUGAGGUGUUCUGUUCAUUUUGAGCGCCAAUUUGAAAAUGUUGGUGUUUGCAAAUGUCAUAAAACAGUGCUAUUGGGUUUGUUCUAUUAUUAGCGAUAUGAAACUAGAUUUGCACAAUAAAUUAUUUCAGAUAAAACUUG